AUGAAUAUUAAAGUAUUGAUCCUGGCCUUAUUGGUUGCUCUUAUAACAAGCUAAUAGUAUAGUAUUUCUUAAUGUGAUUGUUCCUAAUUGUUAUCAGAAGAUGAUUGCUAAAAAAAUGAUAUGAUCAAAUGUUAAUGGGAUAGCACAAAGAAGACAUGUAAAAUCUAGGAUACAACAACUAAUCCUGUUAUAAACUAUGCAAAAUAUUGUGAUAAUUUUAAAGAAAUGGAAUGUCCAAAACAAAAACCAUGUAGCAAUUGUGGAUCUUACUCUGCAUGUGCUUGGGUCGAUGGAUAGUGUACAUUUUUUACAGAUUGCACAGCAUUUAAUAAAACAACAGAUUCAGAUUGUUAAGCUAUUAGUAAUAAAUGUAUUACUGAUGGAACUCAUUGUGUUGAAAUAGAUACUUGUGAUAAAUAUAAAAAACAAUAAUCUUGUGUAAAAAGCUUAUUCGGUAGUUUAUGUUAUUGGGAUACAAAAAAUAAUAAUUGUGUUGAUGCUGAUACUUGUGAUAAACUACCAAUUAAAUUUUAAACAGAUAAAGAAUGUAGACAUGAAAUACAAAGUUGUACUGCAAAAUCAGGAGGUGGAUGUGUUGAUAGUGGAGUUAAUUGUAGUGAUUAAAGUUUAGAAAUUUAAUGUGUUUGGGAUUAAUCAAUGAAAAUGGAAUGUUAUUGGAAUGGAACAUAAUGUAAGGAUAGAAUAUGUGAUAAUGCACCUACUACUUUAAAUACUGAUGAUUCUUGUUAAUUAUUCAAAACUGAUGGAUCAUGUACAACAAAACAAAAUGGUGGAUGUAUUACUAGAACUACUUGUUAGGCUGCUUCAAUAUAAGCUGCAUGUAUUAAAAAUAGUACAAAUGAAGAUUGUUAUUGGACUGGAACUACAUGUGUGGAUAAAAUAUGUUCAAAUGCACCAACUACAUUAACAACUAAUUCAGCUUGUGCAGCAUUUUCAAAAGGAUGCAUAACUAAGUAAGGGGGAGGUUGUGUACUUAAUGGAGAUUGUUCUGCUGCUAAUAUUUCAACUGCAUGUGUUAAAAAUAUCAAUAAUUUUGAUUGUAUUUGGGAAUUCAACUUGCAAAGAGAAAACAUGUGUAAAUGCUCCAAAAUCUAAUACUACUCAUGA